CCUUUUAUCCUAAAGUGAAAAUUUAAGGGCAUUUAUUCUUGAGAACGAAAGCUCUCGCAAUAAUUCCAAAGUUAUGGAUUGAAAAAGUUUUACACUUUCUAGAGAGAGAGAGGGGAUCUGCAGUACAGUGCAGAGUACACAGAGAGAGAAGGACCACGUAGACGAAUACAGUCCAUCUCUGUGUUCUUGCAAUGUCCGGCGAGGCUUCUUCGUCUGGGUUUAAUCUUGAAGGAAUUGAUGAUGUUCAAGAUUUUCCAUGGGCGAAUUCAGGAGAGACGCCAUCUAUAUCGUGGGACAGGUACAGUCAUCUAUGUGAGACUAUGGAGAUGGGUAACAAAGCAUAUCGUGAGAACAGAUGGGACGAGGCAAUCAAUCGUUACACAAGAGCUAGCAACAUUAAGCCGGAUGAUCCUAUUAUUCUUAGCAACAGAUGCGCUUCAUACCUCAGGUAUAGCCAAUUUCUGAAAAGUAGAUCUGCAUCAGAUUCAGAAUACAGGCCAUUGAGUGGGUUGGAUCCAACAACAUAUGCUGGGCUUGCACUAAAGGAUGCCGAGAAGGUGAUGCAUCUGCAGAACAAUUCAGUUACCUCAUAUAUUCUGAAGGCAAACUCACUCAUUUUGUUAGAAAAAUAUGAGCUCGCCCAAGAGAUAAUCCGUUCAGGACUUCAAAUAAAUCCUCAAAGCAAUCCCCUUCUAAAUUUGGAGAAAUCGAUCAAAACUACACUUGGAAGGAGAACCCACGGGAGACCACAGCGCAGUGAUGAAUUUGACUGCACCCUGUGCUUAAAGUUAUUAUAUGAACCUAUAACAACUCCCUGUGGACAUUCUUUUUGCCGUGCAUGCCUUUUCCAGUCGAUGGACCGAUAUAACAGAUGUCCAUUGUGCCGAACAGUUCUUUUCAUUAGUCCCAGAACGUGUGCAAUCAGUGUAACGUUGAAAAACAUAAUAGAAAAAACUUUUCCUGAGGAAUAUGCUGAAAGGAAGGCUGAGAAUGACAGUUUGAUAAACCUCGGUGUUGACUUGCUGCCCCUUUUCGUCAUGGACGUUAUUCUACCAUGCGAGAAGCUUGCACUCAACAUUUUUGAACCGCGUUACAGACUUAUGAUCAGAAGGAUAAUGGAAGGAAAUCGCCGAAUGGGAAUGGCUGUUCAUGAUUCUACGACAGGUUCGGUUGCUGAUUAUGCUUGUGAAGUGGAGAUUAUAGAGUGUGAGCCACUUCCAGAUGGGCGUUUCUUUUUGGAGGUUGAAAGUCGACGUAGAUGUCGCAUCAUACGACAUUGGGAUCAAGAUGGGUAUCGUGUUGCUGAGGUUGAAUGGAUACAUGAUAUAUGCCCUGCUGAAGGAACAAGAGAGAGGCAUGAAUUACUGGAGAUGGCAAAUAAGGCGGCGGCAUUCGCUCAACAAUGGUUGAGGAACGCACAACAAGUAGCAGGAGAUCGUAGAAGUGCAGAACUCUUCAAAGCUGAAGGAUUGAUGCCAUCACCACAGGAUCCUGAGCGCUUAAGUUUUUGGCUUAACACUCUGACCGCUCGUAGACCAACAGAGAAGUUAGACCUGCUUCAAAUAAGAGAUACACCUGAGAGGAUAAGGAGAGGUCUGCUAUACAUGAAACAAGAAGAACAAGGUUGCCGGCUGCAACUAACAUUUUUUUUUCUCUCAUACAACAAAAAGAUGAGAGGAAGAAAACACCCUCUUGUCAUUUUUGCUUUUCUUGUACUAGUUUGUGCAAAUGUAGCUGCAAAAGGAACGUUUACGCCGGCUGAUAACUAUCUGAUCAAUUGUGGAUCUCCUGACACUACUUUGCUUGAUGAUGGGAGGACUUUUAAGUCUGAUUCCCAAUCUGCUUCUUACUUGUCUACUGAUGAGACUAUUUUAGCUUCUGUUAAGUCUUUAUCAGAAAAGGUCACUUCUUUUUCCUCUGCCUCUUUGUUAUAUCAUACAGCAAGAAUAUUUGAAAGUGAGUCUAUGUAUAGGUUUCUUGUUUUCAAACCAGGCAGACAUUGGGUGCGUUUGUACUUUUAUCCUAUUCAACAUCCGAAUUAUAAUCUAGCGAGUGCUAUGUUUACUGUUACUUGUGAUAAUAUUGUUUUACUUCAUGAUUUCUCAGUGAAAGAUGCUAGUAAAGUUGUGUUCAAAGAAUACCUUCUUAAUAUUACUUCAUCUCAAUUUACCCUCAAAUUUUCACCUUUGAAGAGAUCUUUUGCUUUUAUCAAUGCCAUUGAGUUUGUCUCAGCACCAGAUGAUCUCAUUCCUGAUUCAGCUGCUGCAGUUUCCCCUGUUGGUGAUUUUAAUGGUCUGUCUCAGUUUGCGUUUGAAGUAAGUUAUCGCUUAAAUGUUGGAGGGCCAAUUGUCACACCUAAAAAUGAUACAUUGUGGAGGACAUGGUUGCCUGAUAACAAGUACAUGGCAUUUCCUGAAGGGGCUCAGAAUGUGUCAGUUCCUCUAACGACAAUAGUAUAUCCAGAUGGAGGGGCGACACCUUUGAUUGCCCCGAGUUCAGUUUAUGCCACGGCUGAUAUGAUGGCAGAUUCUGGCAUUCCCAACUCGAAUUUCAAGCUAACGUGGGAGAUGGACGUUGAUUCGAGCUUUUCCUACUUUAUCAGGAUGCAUUUCUGUGAUAUUGUGAGCAAAGGCCUAAAUGAGUUGUACUUCAAUGUCUAUGUUAAUGAGGUGAUGGGGGUCUCUAGUCUUGACCUUUCAACACUGACUUCAGAGUUGGCCACCCCUUAUUACAAAGACUUUGUGCUCAAUGCCACAGCCAUCACCAAUGGCUCCAUCAUUGUGCAGGUGGGACCCGCGUCAAACGUCCAGUCUAUCCUCCCAAAUGCCAUCCUCAAUGGAUUGGAGGUCAUGAAGAUGAGCAACAUGGCGGGAAGCUUGGAUGGGCUGUUCUCCUCUGGUGGACGGCAUGGUGUAAUGCCAAGAUCACGCGGAAUGAGAAUUGCUGCAGCUUUUGGAUUGGCAAUGGGGAUUACAGCAUUAGUAUUGCUUUUGAUGGGCAUUGUUCGUUGGCGAAGGAAGCCAACAAAGGGUUGGGAGAAGCAGAAGACAUUCUCUUCAUGGCUUCCUCUCAAUGCUAGUUACUGCAGCUUCAUGUCAAGCAAGAGCAAGACUAGUUGUUCAACAAUCAUAUCCUCUGGCCUCAACUUUGGCCGUGUCUUUACUUUCAAUGAAAUCAAGAAAACAACAAAAAACUUUGAUGAAAAAGCAGUCAUUGGUGUUGGAGGCUUUGGAAAAGUGUAUCUUGGUGUAUCGGAAGAUGGAACAAAACUAGCUAUAAAGCGAGGAAAUCCAUCAUCCUCACAGGGCAUCAACGAAUUCCUGACAGAAAUUGAGUUGCUAUCCAAGCUUAGGCAUCGACAUCUUGUUUCACUCAUUGGUUAUUGUGAUGAACAAUCAGAAAUGAUUCUAGUCUAUGAGUACAUGUCUAAUGGUCCUUUGCGUGACCAUAUUUAUGGUUCCAGUUUGCCAACUCUGACAUGGAAACAAAGGCUUGAAAUCUGCAUAGGAGCUGCUCGAGGACUGCACUACCUUCACACUGGUUCAACUCAGGGAAUAAUACAUCGCGAUAUAAAAACUACAAACAUCCUCCUUGAUGAGGACUUUGUGGCAAAGAUGGCUGAUUUUGGCUUGUCAAAAACCGGUCCUUCACUGGAGCAAACACAUGUUAGCACAGCAGUGAAGGGUAGUUUUGGUUACCUUGAUCCAGAGUACUUCAGAAGACAACAACUAACAGAAAAAUCUGAUGUGUACUCGUUUGGGGUAGUCCUUUUUGAGGUACUAUGUGCAAGGCCUGCACUUGAUCCUGCGUUGCCAAGAGAACAAGUGAAUUUAGCAGAAUGGGCAAUGCAGCAACACAAAAAGGGCUCUCUGGAGAAGAUCAUAGACCCUCAUCUUGCAGGAACCAUCAGCCCUGAGGCGUUAAGGAAAUACGUGGAAGCUGCAGAGAAAUGCUUGGCAGAAUAUGGGGUUGAUAGGCCUACAAUGGGAGAUGUUUUGUGGAACUUAGAAUAUGCCUUGCAGCUUGAAAGUGCAACACCGAGUAGUGUUCCAGUGAAGAAUGAGAAUGAGAAUGAAAAUUCCAAGCCAAGUUCUUCAGAACAGCCUGGAACGAAUUCGAAAGGCCAUAAAGAAGCUCAGCUCAUUGACAUUAAUGAUGAUUCUGGAGUGGUUGUUGGUUCUCCUAUGUUCUUAGAAGGUUUUCAAGGAAGAUAAUAACUGAAAUAAGUAACUAAAACCAAAGAUGAUCAGCCUUUUUGUUUUUUGAUUUUUUCUGUUUUCAUGUUUUUUACUCUACUUUUUCAAGCAAUAUUGGGUUAUCAUUUCCUGUUUAGUUCAUAUAACUGGAGACAUGCCAGAACUUUGUCUGUAUCCAAGGAUAUAAUUAACUUUCCCCUUGUAGUUGUAUUUUACUGAUUUAUCUGUUAAUUUUUCAAAAUGUAA